GGAGAGCUCUUCCUUAUACGCAGGCGUACUGGCGUCCUAUCAGCUGCUUCUCCCAUUUCAAGGAGCUGAUAGUUGCUCAAGUCACAGCAAGAAGACUGCAGCUGUUGGAUUGGAAGCCUAGUACAGGAUUAGCAGCCAUUGGGCUGUCAGUGGAGGAGAGGACACAGCACGGAGAUACAAACCGAAGACCUGAAAUGUGCUAUGGAACUAGCUUCAGGGGAAGAUGACUGCCUUUGUCAGAGACAUAAGUACUGCGUAGAGAGGCCUGUAUACACCCAGGAAUAUAUCCAAGAACAUUUGCACCCAAGGAAGAAAGAGCCAGUGUCUUGCCUCCAUAGAAUUUCACACUCUUGCAGGUGUACGGCUAAGAGGGCAAAGUCUCAGCUGUGCAGCUUUCUUCCAAUCUUAAAAUGGCUGCCACGGUACCCAGUGAAAGAGUAUCUCAUUGGAGAUAUUGUUUCAGGCCUGAGCACAGGGGUCAUGCAGCUUCCCCAAGGUUUAGCGUAUGCCUUGCUAGCAGCUGUACCCCCAGUGUUUGGACUAUAUUCUUCAUUUUAUCCAGUGUUCCUGUAUACCUUCUUUGGAACAUCAAGACACAUAUCAAUAGGUACCUUUGCAGUAAUCAGCCUAAUGAUUGGUGGGGUUGCAGUAAGAAUUGCCCCAGAUGAGAUGUUUCAUAUAGUGGAAACCAAUGUCACAAACAGCACAGAAUACCUGGAGAAAAUUGAAGCAAGGGAUGCAAUGAGAGUGAAAGUAGCUGUUGCAAUUACUUUACUUUGUGGUCUAAUUCAGAUGUGUCUAGGUAUACUUCGAUUUGGCUUUGUUGCCAUCUACCUGACUGAACCUUUGGUACGAGGAUUCACCACAGCAGCUGCAGUACAUGUCUUUACUUCUCAGUUAAAGUAUCUAUUUGGCAUUAAGACAAAGCGAUACAGCGGACCUCUGGCAGUCAUAUAUAGCUUUGUCAGUGUGUUGUCUAAUCUCGCACUGACCAAUGUUGCUGCACUAAUCGUUGGCCUAAUAUGCGUGGUAUUGCUGCUGGGUGCCAAGGAAAUUAAUGAUCGAUUUAAAAAGAAGUUGCCUGUUCCAAUUCCUAUGGAGAUCAUUGUUGUAAUAAUUUCAACUGGAGUUUCAGCUGGACUGAAGCUUGAAGAGUCAUAUAAUGUAGACGUGGUUGGAAAUAUUCCUACAGGGUUCCGAUCCCCAGAAUUACCUGACAUCCGUAUGUUCUCAGCUGUUUUUGUGGAUGCAGUGGCAAUAGCAAUUGUUGGAUUUUCUAUGACUAUAUCAAUGGCCAAAAUAUUUGCACUUAAACAUGGAUAUGCAGUCAGUGGCAAUCAGGAACUUAUUGCUAUGGGGAUGUGCAAUUCUAUUGGUUCGUUCUUUCAUACGUUUGCUGUAACAUGCUCAAUGUCUCGUAGCCUAGUUCAGGAGAGCACUGGAGGAAAUACACAGAUUGCAGGUUUGCUGUCCUCCUUUAUGGUGCUGUUGGUCAUACUGGUCAUUGGAUAUCUAUUUGAACCAUUACCUCAGGCGGUAUUGGCAGCCAUUGUGAUGGUAAACCUAAAAGGCAUGUUUAAGCAAUUUGCAGACAUCCCACAUUUAUGGAGAACAAGCAGAUUAGAAUUGUGUAUUUGGGUGGUUUCCUUUCUGGCAUCAGUUUCCCUUGGUCUGGACUAUGGGUUGAUUGUUGCAGUGGCCUUUGCAAUUAUAACUGUAAUCUACCGUACACAAAGUUCAAAGUACAGAAUCCUAGGGCAGAUUCCAAAUACAGACAUAUACUGUGAUGUAGAGGAAUAUGAGGAGACCAAAGAAAUCCCUGGUAUGAAGAUAUUUCAGGCCAACACCUCCUUGUACUUUGCAAACAGCGAGCUUUAUGUUUCUGCUUUGAAAAAAAAGACUGGAAUUGAUCCAAAUACAAUAUUAAUUGCCAAGAAAAAAGCACAGAAGAGGCAUGCUAAGGAACUGAAGAAAUCCAUUAAAAGUGAAAAGAGAGCAGUUAUAAAACUUACAAAUGAUGUGGAAAUGGCAGUGAAACAUGAACUGAUGAAUGAUGAGCCCAUUACGGACUAUUCAGGAAAUGUGACAAAUGGAUCUGCUGAUGGCAAUCUGCACAAUUCACCUUCUGAGGAGUUGCACUACUUUAUGACUCCCGUCCUCAAUAUUGCCACAAUUGUGCUGGACUUCACACCUGUAAACUUUGUAGACUCUGUUGGCGUUAAAACACUUAAAACAAUUAUUAAGGAAUACAAAGAAAUUGGAGUUGAUAUCAUCCUCUCUGGCUGCAACGGGGUGGUUGUAAAAGAUCUAACCAGGCUGAAUUUCUUUGAUAAGAAUAUAAGAAGAGACAUCAUUUUUCACAGUAUUCAUGAUGCUGUUAUUCACUGCAAAUUUAGAGCUUCAUCAUUGGCUCUCGCAUCUUCAGAAGAGCAGGUCUUGAGCUCUGACACGCCAAGCCAGGUCUGAUGUUCCCAAAAUGUGUCUCCUGAUUGCCUCGGAUCCUACUAGUAAAUACAAAGGAGAUUAUUAUUUUUUUUAUCUUUAGAUAAUAACUUGGAAGUCCCGCUUUGUUCAGGCACUUUAAACCGCUAUAAGGCUCAAGGGCUGGUUUGAUUUCUGGCUCUAUACAGCCCGUUACAUACCUAUAUGUUUGUUUUUAUAUUUUGGCCCUAUAAAAUGGUUUAAGAGAAAUUU